CGAUCAGUGUGGCGACGACUCUCGCGAUCGACGGAAGUGGAGGAGUUGUUUUUUUUCUUCACUUUUUCCAUAUAUUCGAUUGGAGGAAAUCGCAAGUUCGCACCGUUAAUUCUCCAUCGAUAUCUUCUCCUGAAAAGAGAAGAGAACGAGAAGAACGUGUAGAGCUGUUGAAACAAAGACGAUUUCACUCACGGGAUUAGGUGAUCGAAGUUUUGGAAAGAAAUUGAAAAGCACAAUUUCAUCGACAGUCGAUCAAAUUAGUUUGCUUACAAUAUUCAAUUAACAGGAAACAAAUUGAAUGCGCAAAGAUUGUUUUCUUACCGUUCAAACGAGUGAGAAGGAGUGUUCAACAGGCGAUUUGAGGAAACCAUCUUCGAGGUUCCAUUCUGUUCUUUCGUUUUCUUCACUGAAAAAGACCUUUGAUGUAAUUCAAGGCUUGAAGGGCUCACCAAGGAAUAACUGAUCAACGCGUAGCAACAAGUUUCACUGAGAUUUAUUUCGAUCUUGGUACGCUCAUUCAAUGAAUACGAGCUGUUGGACCGUUGCGCUGGUUGUGGCCCGGUGCACAUGCAGUCUGGCUUGAAUAAGGGCUCCAUAAGUGCAGGUAGUCUUACAAAAGGGUCCAAGUACAACGUUGUCACGUUUCUCGAGAAACUCGAGGCAGUGGCCUGAAUAACAGCAACAGCGCCUGUUGAAGAGCAAGAGGGCGAUAAUAGUGUACCAAAGAUACAUGAUAACGUGUAUCGAUACACGAGCCGAAGAUCAACGACGAGUCACUCUGAAAAAAAUUGUCGUCGCGAAAUGAUGUUUUAGCAGGAAAGAGUUUCGAGCCUAUCGUUUCCUCUAUUUCAACUCCUACUUUUGCAGAGAGGAAACGAAAAGGAUAGGGGAACGGGGAGAAAUUCGACGAUUGCUCGAAAUCAACGACUGUGGGCCACGAGAGUGAUUCAUAAUAAACAAUGAAGUCUCUGAAGAAUCGUUGCAUCGUCCAACAUCGUGCUUUAGAGAUUUCCGCUUGAGAACGAAACAAUUCGAGGAUAUUGGACAUUGUUUGGAGAUUCAUAGAUUGGAUAAGAUACACACGCGUGAAAUAUCGAUCGAUUAUUGCGUAAAGGAGAAACGAGAGUCGUCAGAAAAUGUCGCUCACCUCCACGGAGAUUUGGAACGAAACCUUGCCGAUGAUUAAUUCGACGCGGAUCGCUCCCCUUUUAAUAUCUCACCCUGUACUGAUGUCAAAGAGACACGUGACUUUCGCCGCUCAGGUGGUGCUUACACUUGUGUACAUAACCGGUGUGAUUGGCAACAUAUCUGCUCUAGUCAUUCUCUUUCAUCGUGAUAAGAGAAGAAAUCGAAAACACUUGUUGAUGUUACGUUGCCUGGCGAUCAACGAUCUCGUCGCGUUAUUAGGGAUGCUGGUGCAAAUGUAUAUCACGAUCUAUGUGGGCAGCGUGAUAUCCACUCGAGGAUUUUGUUCUCUUCGCGUGGUGUGGAGGCUUUUCGGUUUAUUCAGUGGUUGUGUCGCCAUCGUGAUGGCAGCUGAAAGGUGGCUAGCCUUGACUAGACCCUUCGUUUAUCAGAAGCAGGUGACGUACCCAAUGAUUGUACGUUGCAUGCUGGUGCUCUGGUUGGUCGCUCUGGCAUUGACAAGUAUGCCAAUGAUGGGUUUUGGCGUGUAUUACAAAGGUGAACGAUGCGUACGGUACAGAGAAGCCACCGAGCCAGCUGACAUCGCCUACGCAUAUGUUUGGUUCGUUUUCGGUACGGGCCUCUGCCUGUCGAUAGUUUGGUGCAAUCUGGCCGUUUCCAGGGCGCUUAGCAGGCUAAGUCGCAAAGCUGGCGUCCUCAGGCGAGUAACGAGAUCCUCCUCGAGGGCGAAACCACUUUUGACAGUGACGGGGCCAGCGCCGGAAAUCGUCACCACCGCCGAGGAAAGGGCAUUCGCAAGAUUGAUGGCCGUGUUAUCGAUAUCUUUCGUCGUAUGCUGGAUGCCGCAAAUGAUUUCCAUUCCAUUGGCACAAUUCGCGAUGCAGUUGGCAGAGAAGGCGAUACUCGCACGAAAAUUGAUUCGUAUAUUUCACCUGGCCGCCGACGUGCUCCUUUGCAUUCACUUCACCCUGGAUCCGUACAUUUACGUGUUGCUAAGGAUGCCACGGCCGAGAUUCCGCCUUCUCAAACCCCUGUGCAAGAUCUGUUGGCCAGCAAGAAGCCGAUCGAGCUCGUUCAAUGGUACCACAGACCACCAGGGCAGCAGUGGUGAUCCGUCGACCCCGAUCACCGAGGCACCCUCAACACCCGUCAGCGAGGAACACGAUCCUCCUUUAGUGGCGGUGUCGGUCUGAGACAGGCUUCAGCGAAUGAUCUUCCUGAAACGGCUCAAGAGUCACGAUGGUAGCCAGGUUUGAGCUGCACACUCUUCGAGAACGUUGGAAGAUCUUCGCUCGGUAUACACGUACGAUUAAACGAAAUUCGAUCGAGCCGAAAAUUAUUUACUCAAGGCACAGCAAAAAUAUCGAAAUUAUCGCGAAAUUUUAAGAUUUCUUGUUUUGGCUAAUGAUCAGAAGAGUAUUUGAUCCUUCACUUUAUUCUUCUUCUUUUAUUGUUGUUAUUAUUAUUAUUAUUAUUAUUAUUAAUACUCUUUCGUAUCCUUGGAUCCAUUUUAUUCAUUUGGAAAAAUGUAAAAUUCUUUUUUUUUUUUAAAACGAGACAAGAUAUAUUCAAAUGUGAAAUUUUUUAUCUCGAAUGAAUCCAAGGAUACUAAUUAUUGUUCAAGUAUCUCAGUGGAAUGGUUUCCUCCGAGGAAUUUUCAAGAUUAUGCAGUGAAUCCUUGAGGAACAAAUCAGGUGCGUUGAGAUUGAUACCUCGCUGAUUUUUCGUGUACAAUUCACGUGUUCGAAUGUUCUUGUUUCUUUUCUUCAGUUUCCAUGUCACUGUAUAUGAUCCAUUGUACAGAUCAUUUUAUCCGUUGUAAUUUCAUGUAUCUUAAUAUUCUUCUUAUUAAUUGACUUUAAAAAAAAAAGAAAAAAGAAAAAGUAUCACGUAUCAUACUUUAUAUUGAAAGUAUUGCACAAAAUUGCACAAAAUUUGUAAAAGAUACAUAUAUAUAUCAAGUAUCAUAUAUCGAAAUUGAUAUUUAUUAUCGAAUUCUUAUUUUGUUUUUUUUUGUUACUGAAUUGUAUUAAGAAAGUAAGAGCAAACAGCAUUCCAAAAAAUUAUCAUCGCAAUGUGUGAUGCGUGUGUCGUAUUUAUCAUUUGUUAAUUUUGUAAAAAUCCAUCAAGAUUCUAUACAAAAUACCCGAUUCUAGUAAAAUACAGAAGACUCUACUCGUUUGCAGUUUGCAAGUGAGAGUGAGUGUCGUCUUUUUUUUAACCGGGUAUUUUGAAAAAAGAAAUUGUAAAAAUCGACUUAAAAUUUUCUUCUUACAUAAGAGUAUAUUCAUAAUUAAAAAUAAUAUCAAUUAAGUUUUAAGAAGUAUAUUUUGUGUAUUAAGAAGUAUAUUUUAAGUAAAUCUAUAUCAACGAAAAAUCAUCAAUAAUGCAAGUAUCGACACACAUUUCUAUCACAGUUGAAUAAAUAAUGUCUAGUCAAUAAAAUAAUGCAAGCGUGCAGUAAUUUACGAAUUAUAAAAGAGCAAAGAAUGAACAUUUACCAAAGUAUUAAAUAUUAAAGGCAUAUUUUUACCGUACAAUGUAAUUCCGUAAAUAGAAUUUAAGAAAGAAGAGCAUUAUAUAUAUCUUUUUCUUUUCUAUAAAGAUAUACACUGAUAAAAGUACUUAUGUAUACAAAUAGAUUAAUCAACAAUCUUGUGAUUAACAUGACGUUACCAUGAAUUCUUACUGACUUUAUCACUACAGCCAGUGUAACUCAUAAAUAUCUUAUCAUUUUCUAUUGUAUCGAUGUAAUAUUAUUAAUAAAUUUUAAUCAUUUUUUUUU